ACAAAAAGCGGAAACAAAAGAAAUCAAAAAUCCUAAAACACACCCUUGGUGAGCGACUGAGAGAAAGAGAAAGUGUUUGGCUAAUUUUUUUGUGUAGGAAUAUCAGAAGACACGAACAGAAGUAGACGUUCAUCAGUUUAGUUUGUUCGGCUUGUAGUCAUGGCUUUGAAAAGAAUACAGAAGGAGUUAAAUGACUUGCAACGGGAUCCACCUGCACAGUGCUCAGCGGGUCCAGUGGGGGAUGAUUUGUUUCAUUGGCAAGCAACAAUAAUGGGACCUAGCGACAGUCCGUAUCAAGGAGGGGUUUUCUUUCUCACAAUCCACUUUCCGACAGAUUACCCAUUUAAACCACCAAAGGUAGCGUUCACAACAAAAAUAUAUCAUCCAAACAUAAACAGUAAUGGAAGUAUUUGCCUGGAUAUUUUGAGAUCACAGUGGUCCCCAGCACUAACAGUAUCAAAAGUUUUAUUGUCCAUAUGUUCAUUGCUUUGUGACCCAAACCCUGACGACCCCUUAGUACCAGACAUAGCACACAUCUACAAGUCAGAUAAAGAAAAAUACAACAGACUAGCAAGAGAAUGGACUCAGAAGUACGCAAUGUAAAGAAAACCGAACAGAUUUUAAAGUCACAAAGCACUGUAAAUUCUAGAAUCUAAGAAGAAAAAAAUAAUAAAAUUGGGUAAUAUUGUUGAACACAAUGUAUUGUUAACAUAUAUCACUUAAAGGCAAUUACCAUUAAUGAACCAAGAUUUAGUAUUUUACAGGAAAAUCUCCCUAUGUCCAAUAAUUACAUGAGAAGGCUUAGCAAAUUUUGUGCAUUGCAGACAGAUUUUUUUCUUACUUUAUUUUACCACAUCUUGAUCUCAAACCCAUUAAAACUAAAAUUCUAAUGCAGCUUUCUUGCUGUGGUCACCCAUAGGUUUUAAAAAAAUCUGAUUUUCGUUCAUUAAAAUAUUUGGUUUUCUUUCCUUUUAUUCAUCCUGUAGGUCAUUUCUAAUUUUCUUUUAGAGAUUUUUAUUGUAUAGUAUAAAAGCUAUACUGAAUCUAUUUUUAUUAUUUUGCAUUGAAAAGUAAAAUAAAAAAAUAAAACUUGCAAA